GAUCGUAUACAAAAAUGUGAUCCGAGUACACCAAGUUACCUUCCCUUGGGCAUAGGCACGGCUAGGUCCGCCCGCUCUGGGCCGCAGCAAACAGUGCAGAGGCCCUUCCCGGAGCUCCCGGGUUAUCUCCAGGCGCACACCUCGCCGCAACAGGGUGGCCUCGCCCCGGGACGACGGCCUCCCCCCUCGCCAGAGAGUCCUCCUCUCCAAAUCUCCGUUCAGCCCCCGGCCCUCCAGGAAGGGCCCGAGGUGAAGAGCCCUCUCUCGCGGCCCAGUCCCUCUCUGGAGGCCCGACCGGCGGCGCGGGCAAUCUUUGCCCGGGCGAGUCCUUGAAAUCUAUAUUUAGUGCACGCCACCCCUCCCCCCACAGCUGGGAGGCGGGCGGGCCGGAGGGGUGUGUGGGGAGAGCCCCGCCCCGCCAGGCGGUGUGUCGUGUGGGUUUGGGGCCCGCGCGGCUUGCGCGCCCUCCGCCUUUGCGUUCCUGCCCCCGCGGCCGGGCUGCUGCCCCUGCGCCCCUCGCCCCGCCGGGCGUCGCGGGCCAACAUGGGCCAGGAAGAGGAGCUGCUGAGGAUCGCCAAAAAGCUUGAGAAGAUGGUGGCCAGGAAGAACACGGAAGGGGCCCUUGACCUUCUGAAGAAGCUGAACAGCUGUCAGAUGUCCAUCCAGCUACUCCAGACAACCAGGAUUGGAGUUGCUGUUAAUGGGGUCCGCAAGCACUGCUCAGACAAGGAAGUGGUGUCCUUGGCCAAAGUCCUCAUCAAGAACUGGAAACGGCUGCUGGGUGAGUGGGGGCAAGACUCCCCUGGGCCCCCCAGAGGAGAAAAGGGAGAAGAAAGAGAAAAAGCAAAGAAGGAAAAAGGGCUUGACUGUUCCGACUGGAAGCCAGAGGCAGGCCUUUCUCCACCAAGGAAAAAACAAGAAGAGCCAAAAGACAGGAGAGAUUCUGUGGACUCCAAGUCUUCAGCCACCUCCUCUCCAAAAAGGCCAUCGAUGGAAAGAUCAAACAGCAGCAGAUCAAAAGCAGAGAGCCCCAAAACACCCAGCAGUCCCUCCACCCCCACCUUUGCCCCAUCUGUCUGCCUCCUGGCGCCCUGCUAUCUCACAGGGGACUCUGUCCGGGACAAGUGUGUGGAGAUGCUCUCAGCAGCCUUGAAGGCGGAUGAUGACUACAAGGACUAUGGAGUCAACUGUGACAAGAUGGCAUCAGAAAUUGAAGAUCAUAUCUACCAGGAGCUCAAGAGCACCGACAUGAAGUACCGGAACCGUGUGCGUAGCCGGAUCAGCAACCUCAAGGACCCCAGGAACCCCGGCCUGAGGAGGAACGUGCUCAGCGGGGCCAUCUCCGCGGGGCUCAUUGCCAAGAUGACAGCAGAGGAAAUGGCCAGUGAUGAACUAAGGGAACUGAGGAAUGCCAUGACCCAGGAGGCUAUCCGUGAGCACCAGAUGGCCAAGACAGGUGGCACCACCACUGACCUCUUCCAAUGCGGCAAAUGCAAGAAGAAGAACUGUACCUAUAACCAGGUGCAGACACGCAGUGCUGAUGAGCCCAUGACCACCUUUGUCUUAUGCAAUGAAUGUGGCAAUCGCUGGAAGUUCUGCUGAUUGAACUGCCAGCCAGGAUUUCAGUGAACAACAUGAGGAAGAACAAAGAGAAAACACUAAGCUAUCAUAACUGGAGAAAAAAUAAAAAUUAAAGUGAAGAAAAAUGCUGAACUCUGAAUGGGGAAUUAGGGAUCAAAAGGAGACUUCUUAUACAAAUUAAUAAUCAGUCAUUAAUAAUAACUAGCUAAUAGGGGGAACCUAACUGGGGUAGGAUGCUAAGAGUUUGUGUUAACAAACCCCUUGGAGAAACUCAGAGACUUCAGAGCCUCAUAGCUGAGGUGUCAUGUCUUUGACAGUGGGCUAGCAGGCCUUUGCUUUGAGUCCCUUCCUGGACAUCCAAACCUCCCAGCCUUUUCCGAAUUGAAAAAUCCUAAGCUGACACAAAUCUUACCACACUGCACCCCAGAAUCACACGUGCAGAACAGCUGGCACACGGUUUGGCUCCGGCAGAUACGACUUCCAUGCCACGUAGAAAGAGUUCUUUCCAACUCCUCAUCUCAUCCAAAACGCUCUGCUACUCCCUGUUCUACAGGGAUUUGGGGACCUUUGAGUACUCCAGACUGGUCCCUCUGGGCAGGGAACAGAUUGUCUUGAGCUGAAGCUUUCUGAGUAAAGAGGACAGUAGUGCCCUGAGUUGUGUGGCCUUUGGAAGGUGCUGAUUCUCGGAACCUGCUCAGGGUCCUGGUAAUGCAUUCUUCGCAGCUGCAUCUGGGGCCGGAGCUUCAGUGGAUGUCUGCAAGGCCUUGUGCUUCUCCCAUGAUGACACUGGCUUCCUUCUUAAGCUGCUAGGAAAUUUAGGCAGCUGGAACUGUCUGGAAAAGCUCAGUGGGUCUGCCCUGGGUCUCAGUCUCUGACUGUCCCUGGCCUUCUGGCAGCUUCAGGCUGACAACUGAGCCUCUGGACUCUGUGUUUCCUAAAAUGGCUGAAGCACGGGAGCCUGUGAACUCCUGGGACAAGUCACUUAACCUAUCCAAGUGGUUUCCUUGCCAGUAAAUAUGGGAGUGGUUUGAGUGCCUACCUCAUAGGGUGAUUAUGCAGAGGCCACUGUUUUCUACCUGCCUUACUUCACCCUUAGGGCAGCUGCUGGGAGUCAGGUGAGGUCAAGUUCCCUAUAUGCCUUGGGUAUAUCAUUCACUCUGGAAUUGGCUAUCGCCUUCCUCCUUCCACCUGUCAAGUGCCUUCUCCUGUACAUGAAGUCUGUCAAUAAACUGUGUACAGAAA